GGCGGCAAGCCCGUCUACUUGGGCCCGAAGUCCGAGGGAUCCCGGCCCAGCAUCGCGUUCUCGAGCUCCGGGGGCGAUGGGAAGCCCACGUGGUGGGUGUACGACAUCUCGCAGGGCGAGUGCUUCUAUGCCGAGGUACACGGACCCCUGCUCGACUCCGACUUGCCACCACGGCUAG